GUUUCUAUCAGAUUUUUGAACGUAUCUUAAAUUGUUCUCUGUGGUUUCAACUACUUGUCAAGUUCUGUGGUAAACGUCAGUUAAUGUUUGAAUUUUUAAAAACCAGAUAAUUUUGGUUCAAGGAAAUUUAUUAUAAAACCUAUUAUUAUUAUGCAUUUAGAUACCAAAAAUAACGCAGUUUUAAAUUGUGGUUCACAUAAUAAUCGGUAUUGAUCUUUGAAACUUGCAACGUCUCAAAAUGUUUGGAAAGGCUUAUCAAUGUUUACUGUUUUUGAUAGUGGUUUGUGCUUUUGGUUUUGAAGAAUUCUUUUAUGUUUUUGCUCAAAUAUCUCAGGAAAUGCUAGAACAAGGAAGAAAUCAAUAUCAGAUGUUAAGGGAAAGAGGUAGUCUCCCUCAGUAUGGACCUUGUUGGAAGGCAGCUAUUGAACAUGUUGAGGAUGGAUGUCGGGCAUUAACUGAAGAAGUACAGAGUGAUAUGGCCUUACAUUUAACUAAUUGUUUCCUAGAGAUGUCUGGGCAUGAGACAUACAACUGUGAACUAAACAAAAAACCAAACCUAAAAGCUAUAUGUAUCAAUAGCAUGUCAGACAGGGCCUUUAAUGUUUACACAGAAUUCUACACACACACCCAGAAUAUUUGCUGGUUUCUACGUGGUCAGGUGUGGCAUGAAACAAUAGCUGAAAACACUUUGAAAGUUGGCAAACAGCUUCUGUCUUCAGCUAAAAACCAAGAGAAACUUUUAAAGGGUCAGCAAGAGAGCUUAGAGUUACAAGAGAGGCUUCUUAAUUAUGGAAAGUCAUUGGAGAAAGUUAUGGAGGAGUUUUACACUUCAACAAGGGAUCAUCAAGAAAUAUUGAAACUAAUGACAAAUAGUUUAAAUAAUUUGCAGUCUUGGUUGAUAGGUGAAGUUUCCUGGCUAGAUACAAUAGUCUUUUAUUUGUUUGCUAUCAUUUUGAUUUUAUUUUUCACUGCCAGUCCUCGAACUUUCGGUGCUAGAUUCCCCAUUUUCUUCUUAUUGUUUUUAAAUGUGUGCUUAGAACGUUUGAUAACAUUGAAAUUGUCUUCACUUAUAUCUGAUAAGAAUAUUAAUAUAGUACACCAGGAUAUGAAUUGGUACAUUUGGACUUGUCGUUAUAUUUUCUCCAUUGUGUCUUUUGUAAUUGUAACUUACAAAGCUUUCACUUUUAAAGAUUUAAAUUAUGAAUGUUACGUUUUGUUGCAAGAAAUUCGAAAACAACAUUUAAUUUUACUUGAAAACAUAGAUGAUAGUACUAGGAAUAAAAAUAAUGCUUUAAAUGAAUCUGUCUAUUCAAAUAUAAGUGAAAAUAGUUUGAGCUUUAGAAGAAAUACUGUAAUAAAUGGUAAGAUCGAUUCACCAAAAUCAUUUGUAACAACCGAUGAAAUAGGGAAAGUACCAGAUAUAAAAAGAUACAAGAGUCCAACAGUUUCUUCUGGCUUCUACAAUAGGCCAUUAAAGGAAACAAUUAGUAAUAACAGCAGCUUAAAUAGCGAAAAUACGAUGAAUAGUAGUAGAAGUAAUAGUAAUAGUUCUUUUUUAAGAGUCCAAGCAAGGUAUAAUUUGCGUACUAGGACAGAAACCCCUGAAAAGGCUGUACCAUGAGUUCCAAAGAUAUAUUGUAUGUACUUAUGAUUAAGAAAAUUGUAAAAUAGAUUUUGUUGUUCUUUGAAACUGUAUAUUAAUGUUCUUCUACUUUGGCCCACAUUUACGUCUUCAACUGUCGAGUUUUUCAAAUAAUAUUUAUUAUAUUUUUAUAUUUUGGAAUGUAUGUUUUACUUUUGUUUGUAAAUUGCCUAAAAAUAGUUACAUGUAGAAGUAAUACAGGUGAAAACACUUUUAGUUUAGUUCAUUAAUAAACAAUUUUUGUACAUACUAUGCUAAUUGUAAAACGGGUAAAUAAAUGGUAGUUUUAGUAUACUCCAAAGUAUAUCUGAAGAGGAUUUGAUAUUCGGAUCUGAUGUAGUUGUCUUUCUUAGGGGAGUCAGUGGUUGGGGGAUUUAUUAUAAAUCCUCUUCAGAUAAAUCCCUAGUCUUUUGAUCAUACUACAUUGCUAGUCUUGCUUUUUAUGCCCACAGGGUGUUUAUGUACUAUAGUAAACUUCCCUGUAUAAUUGUGUGAUAUUUAUGUAAACUGUAAUGUACUGCCUCAUUUUUGUUUGUCAGUUUCUUAAUUUGCAGCUAUGGUACAUAUUGCUCAUAAUGUAUUAAGACUUGCAACAAAAGCAUUUUCUGAUGUACCUACGCAAUUUGUGGUUUACAUUAUUUUGUGGUUUACCUUAUAGAAUAUGUCAACUGCCUUUUAAAUUUAGCUUUCCUAUAUUUAUUUAACUUUAAUUUAUUUUAUUAAAGUCUGUAUUUGUA